AUGGGCCACCAGCAGCUCUACUGGAGUGACCCCAGGGAGUCUAGGCAGGGCUCCUGCUCCUGCCACGUGUGUGCCAACCGCAAGUACAAACUCAACAUGUGCCACCAGUGCUUCUGGCAGUACACCAAGGACAUCGGCUUUGCCAAGUUGGAUUAA